AUGAUUGCCAACCCCUCCCUUCAACACCACCACUCACACGAUUCUUCUUCAUCCUAUCGAUCUGGUAGCCGAUCACGACACUCCACCACUCCUCGAGCCCAGCGGACAGCAGAGCUUGUCGACUUUAAUAGCAACCAUAGUUCUACCACGUGGUCACCUGCGACAGCAACAGUAUCUGUAUCGACCUUGGAGUCUACAUCUACUCCAGCGUCAGCGGGUCACGAAACCACCCACGUGUCGGCCACCGGCGGAGCCUCACGCUUCCCUUCCCCGCCUCCGUCCUCAUCGCCUGCUGCUGCUACCGGCCCUGCUUAUGCCGAUGAUGCAAAGAGCUCGUCUAUGGCAUCUGACGCGAGGGACUCUGGUCCCCUAGGUCACGCUACGCGGUCCGGCUCAGUUUCACAUACUCCUGCUGCCCAGCAACCAUCUCCCGCAUCCGACGAUUUCCAAAUAUCCAACCCAGCUUAUCCUCUCUCUGGCGCACCCUCGCAACCGCCAGAGCAGACAGUUAUACAUAUACGUGACUUAGCACAUAUUCAGAGUCUGGCAAGCGCCGACCUGCUAUCUGGCAAUGGCGGAUCCGGCAUUCUAAACGACCCCCCUCUUCAGCAAAUGAAGUAUGAAAUCAGUGGCAUGCCCAUAGGGGACAUUAUCGAGAUGGUGGCUGCGCUAUUAACAAAGAUCACUACCACAAACGAUCUACAGCACGAUGCGAUGCAGCGCAAUGUUGCUCACCAGCAGCAGGCCAACCAAUCCGGCGACACGAGCGGUGGCUCGAUCUCGUCCUUGAACCAUUCUGUUCUCGCCUUCCAUGGCAAGAAUGUUCCUGCCAUUACUAUCCUCAGCUACCUGUCGAGAAUACACAAGUACUGCCCCACCACUUACGAAGUAUUCCUUAGCCUUCUGGUAUAUUUUGAUCGCAUGACAGAGCGAGUCAACGACAUGGUUACAAAAAAUGAAGAGAUUCGAAGGCAGUCGCAGGCGCAGCAAACGAACACAAAGAUACCUCAAGACACUCCGAUGCGUGGCGAGGGUAUGAAUGACACAGAUGAGAGCGAUUCAGACCUUGCGGAUGACGAUGAUGAGGAGAUGGCCGAUUCAGCUCGACAAAGCCGUGCAAGCAACAACAAGGGGGCUGCCACUCCUACCGAACACCCUGCCAUUGCUGCUGCAACAUACUUUGUUGUUGAUAGCUUCAACAUCCAUCGUCUCAUCAUCUCUGGCGUGACGUGUGCAAGCAAGUUCUUCUCGGAUGUUUUUUACACCAACUCGAGAUAUGCCAAGGUUGGUGGACUGCCACUGGUUGAAUUAAAUCACCUUGAACUCCAAUUUCUUCUCCUCAACGACUUUCGUCUCGCAGUUCCAGUGGAAGAUCUGGAAGCGUACGCAACCAUGUUGGUCGAAUUUUAUGCCCGGGAAGUGGUAGCUAAGCAAGCAGGUGCUGGGAGUACCGAGUGA